AUGGAGCCGAUGGAGGAUACAUAUGAUCCACCUGAAGGCUACACGUCUUUCGACUGCCCAAACUACCCUGAGAACCAGACUCUCACUUGCCCCUAUAUAGGUUGCGACGGCUUUGUAGGUCCUUAUGUCUGCGGCGAGUGUGGUCACAGAUUCGCAGCUGCCCCCGCCCUCAACAGACACGGGCGCGCAAGUGGUCAUCAGGUCGAGUGGGAAUGUCGCGAUGACGAGUGUGAGAAGUUCGAGGAGAAGUUUGCUACCGGUGCUCUUUAUCUCGAGCAUCUUCGGGACUCCUCAGGUCACCGAUCCGGCGAAGUAAGCGAUGAGACUAAGAAUACCGAGUCUUCGUUCUCGCCUCCUUCCAACUCUAAUGCCCAAGAUACUGAGGAUGAUGUCUUUGGUCCCGCUCAUCAAACUGCUACUUCCGACCGAAACAUUUGCAACGAGCCCUGCUGUUAUCACUACGGCACGGAUUACAAGUGCAAGUCGGAGUUCAUCCGCCAUGAAGACACUGGUGCUCAUCAGGUUGCGACCAGACUCAACCAGGUCCUUCUAACCAACACUCCCGCUGACGAGGUCAAGGCUGAGCAGGAAGCCAUCCGUGCCCUGCGAUGCAACUGGUCUGAUUGCCUGCUGUUCGGAAAGACCUUCAAGAAUGCCAGGGUCUUCUACCGACACCUCCAGGAGGAAGACCAUCGCGACGGGUGGGAUAUCAAAUUCCAAGAAGAUAGCUUUGAGUACAGCAGCGAUAACGAGCCCCUGCCUGGAAUGGCGUUCAAUGUCGACGGUCGAAAAGGGAUGUGCAUCAACGAAAAGUGUCCCAGGGUCGGUAUGAAGUUUGACUCGUUCACAGCCAUGAAGCAGCACAGCAGAUCUUUCGGUCAUGCUCUGACUGAAGAAGACCUAUCUUCUACAGACGCCGAAGAAUCUGGCGACGAGAUUUGGAAGACGACUGACGUGCAUGGGAUGGAAGCUACCCAGGACGAAGGUCUCUGGAAGUGUAUUAAGCAAGGAUGCAAGGGCUACCAGAAGAUCAUGAGCAACAUGGCGAAUGUCAGAAUGCACUUCAACUCAGCUGCGCACAUGAACGCAGCGGAGGAGGUCAGUUCUUCUGAUGACUCCCAUGAGGAGCUGGAUGGGAUGCAAUUUUCCAAAGACAGCGGUUGGCUUUGCGUCAAACCGGGUUGCAAAAAACGAGGGACUACAUAUCGCUUCCUCUACAAUGCAAAGCGACAUUUUUCAGCUGAGAUCCACGCCAUGGCUGAAGAGGAGAGCUCUCAUGAUGGCUCCGAAGACGAGCUUGACGGCAUGGCUUAUUCGGAGGAAACGGCCGCCUGGGUUUGUGCAAAGAAUGCCUGCAGGAGUUAUGGCAAACCCUUUGUCACUGUUGGCUUCGCCCGUAAGCACGCCCGGUGCACUACUCACCUGAAGGCCGAUGAAAUCACCCCCACCCCGCGUCGUUUCAAGCACUCGUCAACCAACUCUCUCCUCACGCCUAUCGAGAUGGGUAGUUCGACAGCUAAUGUGACACCCGGAAGUCCCUCUACUGGUCAAGGCCUCACCCUCGUACGACGCCCCGCUGGUAGUUCUGAGAACACUCCUACCAAUCGUACCCCGGGAAAGAUUCGGAUCCGUCGCUCAUCUGGUGCCAAAUCGGGCAACGAGAAGCGUAUUACGGACCUAGAGAGGGAGAAUCAGGAGUUGAAGGAGCGUGUUACGAAGCUGGAAGGAGAAGUGUUCGGACCCAAGAGUCCAGGAGUUCCUCAAUCACCUACCGCGGGUCUGCUUGUUCCGCCUACUGCUCAGGUAUCCAAUACCUCUUCUUCAGCCCUGUCUUCCCCUGCUUCAUCUAGACAGAUGGAGAAUUUGUCUCAGUAUGUGCAAGAGGAGUUUCAUCUUGCUGUGCCCAUGGAAGUGGAUGAAGAUGAUGUGUGGAAUCCGGCCAUGUACUGA